GGGUGGAAGCAGCAGCAACAGCGAAGAACAUUCAUUCAAAUGGGGACGGUUCUCAAAGUCGUGGACAACUCGGGAGCCAAGAAAGUGAUGUGUAUUCAAGCGCUAAAAGGUAAGAAAGGAGCUAGGCUUGGUGAUACGAUAGUUGCUUCGGUGAAAGAAGCCAUGCCAAACGGUAAAGUGAAGAAAGGAGCGGUUGUGUAUGGCGUGGUUGUGCGAGCUGCGAUGCAGAGAGGUCGUGUUGAUGGAAGCGAAGUUAGGUUUGAUGAUAACGCCGUUGUUCUUGUUGAUAACAAAGAUAAGAAGACUAAAACUGAUCGCCAGCCGAUUGGUACUCGAGUGUUUGGUCCUGUUCCUCACGAGCUUCGUAAGAAGAAGCAUCUCAAGAUUCUUGCUUUGGCUCAACACAUUGCUUGAGACAACAACAGAAAUUCCUAAACCAACCUAGUGUCUUUCUUUUUGUGUUCUUUAAACUCUCUUCAGUAAUUUUUUCUUUUGGUUGAGUCUUCGUUAAGCUUACGAGGCACAAUUUUUUUUUUGUUCCAAUGAAUUUAUAGGUUCAUAAACUAUAAAACUCUCAAAUAAAAGUUAGAAAUAGUUCAGCUCGGGUUUGAUUAAAUUUAAGUAUGUUACAAAUGUUCACUAAUCAGUAACCACCUUGCUCCCUGAGGCUAAAUUUCCAAAUUCACUCCUUUGAUUUGGUUAAGUUACCAAACAUUGUACUGAAUUUAAAUAGACUAGUAUUCUUGUCCGCCGGUACUUAUAAACUUAUUUUACAUCUUUAUUAUUUUUAUUUUUGAAACUCAUUUUACAUCUUUAUAUAUUUGAAUAUUUUAUACCAUUUUACUUUUCAAAAAAUUAAAAUGUCUAAGGUAAUGUGUAACAUAUGGUGAUGGAUUUGAGUUUUCGUUGUGAUUUUUUGAACUGAUAAAUUUCACUUUGUUUUUUAUUUUACAUUUAUGUAAGUUCUCAGCUGUUAUUUUUUUGAUCGGGUGUUAAUUAUAAAUCUAUUGACUAUUUUAAAAUAGGAGAAAUAGUAUAUAAUAGUGUUUGGUAAAUGUUUCAUCCAAAAAAUUGUAUAUCCAUCAAAUAUAAAAUAUUAAAUUUUUGUUUUAAUCCAAAUUUUUAAUGCUCUUAUACUUUGAAAAAUAAACUGUUUUAACUUAAUAGUUUGGUUUGUUUUUCCUAAAAAAAUUAUUCAUAUCACCAAAC